AUGUCUCAAGUCAAAACUCGACAAACGACGUCUUGUCCCGUGUUUGGUUUGCCACAGAAGUUACCAGUGUCUCAAUUGCCGACUUAUAAUGAUGUUAUGAAAUAUUAUCUAUUCAUUAAAUAUCAAUUAAAACCAGACAACACAACAAAAGAGCCGACGGUGCAUGACAUAUCCGAAAUAUUGGCUCAAGAAAUAUUAGAUAUUUGGCAAAAAGCUUCGCUGCCAACAGUAAGUCGUAAGAGAGUACUACAAUUAAUUCGCGCUUACCAUGACAAAUACAGAAGAUUAAUGAAACCAUAUCAUGGCCGUCAAACCAACAAAAACUAUCAACAGAAAAUUAAUACAUUUACAGCUGAGUCUCAUACAUUAUUCGAUAUCUGCAGUUGCAAAUGCAAACUUAUCUCGAACUGUUCUUGUUCAAGAGACAGUCGUGUUCCCAAAGAGGAAAUAAAUUUUCUACUUGAUCAAAGAACAACAAGGAAAAUGAUGAUAGGUGGUGUAGAUUUAGCCGCAACUAUAAAAAAGAAGAAAAAACAAGAAAGAAAAGAAAAAAGUUCAUUGCGUAACAGAGAGGUAAUUGAUUCCGAGAAACCGUGCUGUUCCCGUUUCUUACCUGAUAAUGUGACAUUGGCGAUUGAAAGUACUAGUGCCGGUUCUAGCAAUAGCGAAGCAUCUAGUCCUAUAAAAAUUCCAUCCACCACGCCACCCGCAAAAAAGAAAAGGUUUAGUUUACCAUCGUUAGCUCUUGCGUGUGAUCGCACUGGAGUUUCUGACAGAGCCGCUGCUAUUAUAGCUUCUUCGGUGUUGAAAGAUGUCGGAAUUGUUUCUUCAAAUGACGCCAGUGGUGUCAUUGAUCGAUCUAAGUUGCGCCGUGAGAGAACUAAAGUCAGAACAACUUUACAGAACGCAGAUCGCGAUAAAAUCAUAACUGGUAUUUAUUUUGAUGGUAGAAAGGACAAAACUUUGGUUAGUGUUCAAAAGGAAGGUAAAUUUUACAGAAAAAGAGUUACAGAGGACCAUUAUGUGAUUUUAUCAGAGCCAGGAAAUGACUACUUCGGACAUGUCACGUGUCCCAUUGGAUCCGAAUUACAAAAAUGUGAAACUAUGCCAAUAGUGGAAUUCACUGCCAUUUCGUCAACGUUACCUGAGAUCGCUAGUAAUGAUUUAAGUACGGACCAAAAAUACCUAUACGAUAUAAUGACGGCUGUAAGUACUGGUAUUUUUUCUUCCGAUUUAGCUAAUAUGGAACCUGGGCUUCUCAACCAUUCUAGAUGGCUUACGACCGCAAACAGAAUUUUAAGAUUAUAUGUUACUAAGACAGAUCCUGAUGAAAAACUGGUGGUGUUAGUUACGUACGUGAUGAAAGUUUAUGGUCCAAUGUGGUUCACAAUAAAAAGUAAUCCCUCGUGUAUUAAUGGAGCUAAACAUCUGUGGCAAACUAUUAGUCUGAGUCGCUAUUUGAAGCCGGAUUUGAAGAAGAUUGUUGACAAUGUAAUUCAACGAAAUGGAUAUUUCGGUCAUCCAGAGAAUGUUCUUGUCGCCAUGCUUGGAGAUGACAUGGAAAGCAUACGUGAGCUGGCAUAUCAACAAAUUUUGAAAGCAAGAUCUGAGACUGCUUCAGGUAUUCGAACAUUUAAAGUACCUGCUUUAAAUUUCGACGCCAGAGAUUAUACGCUAAUUAUUACAUGGCAUGACUUGAAAAUAACUGAGCCACCACUGACUUCUUAUUUAUCGGAUGAAGCUUUGAAAUCGAUUGUGAAAAGUGGUUUGGGCACAAUUCAGAAUAUAAAAAAAUAUCCAUGCCACACUCAAGCCGUAGAGCGCUACAUCAAAUUAGUGACAGAAGCUUCAAGUGCUGUUUGCGUAGAACAUAAACGAGACGGUUUCAUUAGGGCAAGGCUACUUUCACGUGCUCGGAAACGUAAAGUCCAAGAUUUGGAAAGUAUCGAUGAGAAUUUACUGGAUAUUACACAAAGUGCAAGCAGCUCUAUCCCUCAGCCUCUUCAUGUUACUCCUGCACAGGGUUCACCGGAUACUCCAACUGCAAGCAGGUCAACAUUGCAGCCUGUACGUGCUACUCCAGCACAGGAUAAGUUAAAGAAUCACAUCUCCCUUAUUCAAAUGGAGCUAGACUUAGCUGUACGUCGUAGGGAUGCUCAGGGCGCUAGUGAAGAUAAGACUCGUGAUGUGAUGAAACUGCGCCAAGAAAUUGAUAGAUGCAAAAAAGAACUGCGAAAGAAGGAGCAACAUAUGCGUCACUCUCAGUCACAUAGAUUAUCAAAACAAUCAAAGAUUGAACUUGCUUGCAAUCAGAGUCCAACAGUAGCUAGUCUUCUUAAGACGCGCUCUGCACCAGGUCGCCCACGCUUGGAAGAGCAACAACCGCUAUUGCUAAAAACUAUCGUCGAUUUUGCUAUGUUUGGUGCUUCUGCGGAGGAACGACGUCGCUCAGAAAUUGUUCGCAGUUGCCGAACACUAACUGACCUCCAUGAGAAGCUAAGAGAGCACGGAUUUGAAAUUUCGAGAAGUGGCACGUACCUUCGGUUGCUCCCAAGAAAUUAUACCACGAUGGAGGGCAAAAGGCAUGUAGCCACUAUGCCUGUCAAAUUAAGUCUCCCUGAGGCAGAUCACCAUACAGCUCACGUCGAUCAACAUUUUUGUGUCGCCACGAUAAGAUCCUUAGAAACGCUAGCAUCUGUUCUUUGA